CCAAGAUGUCGGCAGUGGGUUUGCUUAUAAUACUAGGACUUGCAGGAUUUUCCUCCACCUCAGCCAUACGAAUCAAAGGAAACUUUUCUGCAGCCGGGACUUUCAAGGAUCAACGGAUCAUUGGAGGGCAGGUGGCUGAAGAGGGAUUCGCUCCCUAUCAGAUAUCCCUGCAGGGCAUCUCCGGAGCCCAUUCCUGUGGUGGUGCCAUAAUAGCCGAGAAAUUCGUCCUAACAGCUGCCCACUGUGUGGAGAAUGUCAAUAUUCAAUGGCUAGUGGUAGUUACAGGUACCAAUAAGUACAAUCAACCGGGAGGCAGAUAUUUCCUAGAAGCCAUCCAUAUCCACUGCAACUACGAUAAUCCCUUGAUGCACAAUGAUAUCGCCAUGUUGCAAUUAAUAGAGCCAAUUGUGUGGAACGAACGCACCCAACCGAUUCCCUUGCCCAAGGUGCCCAUGCAGCCGGGUGACGAGGUGAUCCUCACCGGUUGGGGAUCCACGGUGCUCUGGGGCAGCAGUCCCAUCGAUCUGCAGGUCGUAUACCUCCAAUACGUUCCGCACCAGGAGUGCCUGGAGUUGCUGAGCUACGAUCCGGACUGCGAUGUGGGCCACAUCUGCACCUUUUCGCGCCAGGGAGAGGGAGCCUGCCAUGGAGACUCCGGUGGUCCGCUGGUCAGCAAUGGCUACCUAGUGGGACUGGUCAACUGGGGAUGGCCCUGCGCAACUGGUCUUCCGGACGUCCAUGCUGGUAUUUCAUAUUAUUACGAUUGGAUACGCAAGGUCAUGAGUGGCAAUACGAAAUGCACUGGCUUCAGCUCUACGGAGGCCUAAAGUUUCCAUGUUAUGCGGCUAUCGUUGUCCAUAAAAUUGCCCAGUUUAUAAGGCCACGAUAAAUUGACUCUCGAUUAGACCGGGCUAGUUAAUAAUAAAGUUCUGAUAGCGGUGAA